AUGACAGAGCUAAGAUGGCAGCCCUGCUGAGGGUGCUGCCUCUUUGGGGUCAAGAAAUAUUCAAGGAACGAAUGAAACCGAAACACUGCAGCUUUACACAUGAGAACUUUCAUUUCUGCUGUUCUGCUUAAUCUUUUCCCUGGGGCUAGAGGAGGUCUGCUCUCCGGGACGGAAACGCCGUGUUGACACUGCGCAUCAGUCUUUUUUUUUUCUGCGUCUGUGAUAACUCCGAACACUGGAUGCUAAUUACGAGGAUUUUGCAGCUCGGAGCGGGCAAAUGAUGUGACGUUGAGGGAAUCGCAUCUGAUGGCUGGAUUGUUACCUGUUAUAUAUGCAUUGUUUUGUUAAACGAUGAUGUGUGCGGCAGCGGCCGCCGCCGCCGGUGGAGGGGGGAUUCUACCUUCCUUAUCGCCGUCCAUGGGGCUGGGUGUCAGGGUAAAUUCUGGAGCGGGAGCCGAUCUCACAACCAUCGGUUCGGGGAUGGGUUCUUGCCCUGCUCUCGGAGCCCAGUCGGAUUGUCGGACUCGGUACCAGCUUUUGCUCUCAGGACGAGCCCUUGCGGAACGAUACAGACGGAUUUAUACCACCGCCAUCAACGAUAAAGAGCAGGGGAUAAACCAGGGAAGGGGGAAGAAGGCUUUGAGUAAGAAGAAACUGAAAAGGCGACAAAAAGUCAAGUCAAAAGUCAAAUCAAGAACAAAGGCCGAGAGUCUAGAUGGAGCUCUCUUCGUGCCGGACAUCAAACUGCACAGCAACCCCUCUGCAUUUAAUGUCUACUGCAAUGUGCGACACUGUGUGCUUUACUGGCAGCAGAAGGAGGCCUCCCUCGCUCUGGCCUCCAGGACCUCGGUGCAGAGCGGAGACUCAGACAGCGAGGAGGAGGAAGAGUACCGUGAGCCAGCGGUAAAGCUUCCAAAGAUCAUUGGCAUCGGCCUCUGUGGGGUUUUCGAGCUGAUAAAAGAGACACGGUUCUCUCACCCUCUGCUGUGCCUGCGUAGCCUGCAGGCUUUGCUGGACAUGCUGCAGGGACAACAGCCAGAGGGUUUCCAGACAGAGCCACCUGAUGUAUUGGAGUCUCUUUUCCAGCUGCUGUUAGAGACCACAGUAAGGAGCACAGGGCCCAACGACCCAACUGGACAGGACAUUACAGCUUUGUCCUGUGCAUGCCUAUUUAGUCUAGUGGUGGCAUGGGGAGAUACGGGCAAAAUCCUGCAGGCGGUCUCUGCCAUCCUCACUAAUAAUGGCAGCCAUGCCUGUCAGACUAUACAGGUCCCCACCAUACUGAAUGCACUACAGAGAAGCGUCCAGGCUGUUCUGGUCGGGAAAAUCCAAAUCCAGGACUGGUUUGGAAGUGGCAUCAAACGCGCAGCACUGAUGAACAAAUGGGUCCUGAAGGAGGUGUCCAUAGAUGAAGAUGAACGCUGUCUUCUACAGACGGAUGGCUCGUUUCUGUAUUUGCUCUGCAAAGAUGGACUCUACAAAGUUGGUUCUGGAUAUAGUGGUACUGUUAGGGGACACGUCUACAACUCCACGUCGCGAAUAAGGAAUCGAAAGGAGAAAAGGUCAUGGCUUGGCUUCGCUCAGGGUUACUUGUUGUAUCGGGACACGACUAACCACAGUAUGUCGGCCAUCAAGAUUAACCCCGAGACCCUGGAGCAUGAGGGUGGUGUUACCAUGCCAGGUCAACAUUCAGACGGACAAAACAUCAUAUUUACAGAUGGAGAAUACAUUAACCAAAUCGCAGCUUGUAAAGAUGAUGGCUUUGUUGUGCGGAUUUACACCAUGAGCUCCGACCCGGCCCUGCAGCAGGAGCUGCAGCUGAAGCUGGCGAGGAAAUGUCUGCACGCCUGUGGGAUCUCUCUCUUUGACCUUGAAAAGGAUCUUCACAUCAUCAGUACUGGCUUUGAUGAAGAGGCAGCGUUGCUUGGAGCUGGCAGGGAGUUUGCUCUGAUGAAAACGGCCUCUGGAAAGAUCUACUACACUGGAAAGUACCAGAGUCUGGGCAUUAAACAAGGCGGCCCAUCAGCUGGUAAAUGGGUGGAGCUGCCCAUCACCAAGUCUCCGAAGAUCACCCAGUUCUCAGUCGGCCAUGACGGUUCUCAUGCCCUUCUAGUAGCUGAAGAUGGGAGCGUUUUUUUCACAGGCUCUGCGAGCAAAGGAGAGGAUGGGGAAUCCACCAAAAGUCGCAGGCAGCCGAAGCCAUACAAGCCCAAGAAGAUGAUCAAACUGGAGACGAAGACGGCUGUGUAUACAGCUUGUAACAAUGGUAGCAGUAGCAUCAUCACAAAGGAUGGAGAGCUCUAUAUGUUUGGAAAGGAUGCGAUUUACAGUGACAGCACCUGCCAAGUGACAGAUCUUAAAGGCCAUUUUGUAACUCAGGUUGCCAUGGGAAAAGCUCAUACAUGUGUUCUUACUAAGAACGGAGAGGUGUGGACGUUUGGGGUGAAUAACAAAGGCCAGUGUGGCAGAGACACUGGAGCCAUGAGCCAGGCAGGGAAAGCAUUUGGUGUGGAGAGCAUGGCUACUGCUAUGGAUGAGGACUUGGAGGAUGAGCUGGAAGACAAGGAAGAGAAAAGCAUGAUGUGCCAGCCGGGCAUGCACAAGUGGAAGCUGGACCAGUGUAUGGUUUGCACUGUGUGUGGAGACUGCACUGGGUAUGGUGCCAGUUGUGUCAGCAGUGGGCGUCCUGACAGAGUACCAGGAGGUAUCUGUGGUUGUGGUUCUGGAGAGUCCGGCUGCUCAGCAUGUGGCUGUUGUAAGGCCUGUGCCAGGGAGCUUGACGGUCAGGAGGCCCGGCAAAGAGGGAUCUUUGAUGCUGUAAAGGAGAUGAUUCCACUGGAUCUGCUGCUAGGUAUUUAAACU